AAAUUACAAAGAGAGAAAGAAAGAAAAUGAAACUAUUCCAAAAGGGGAAGUGAUUUCUUAGCUGCCUACAUGGUAACUUGUGGUCACUGGCUAUGGCAACCUCUGAAAUAAAUAGAUGUUCUGAAAUUCCUGAGACACUGAGGAGGAACUGAGGAGUAGGCUGCAAGAAUUGUGUAUGGUAUGGCAUCUCCUGUGGAAAAUUCUUGGAAAAUCAAAGAAGAAUACCACAUAGAUGAAGAUUUGGGCUUCGCUCUGCCAAAUCCACUGGAGGAAUUACCUUACCCUUUUGAUGUCUGGAUUUCCAUUGCUAAAAAUCUGCCUACAUUGAUUGAGAAUGACCAACUACGUGCAGAAGUUGAGAAGUUAAAAACACUCAACAUUGAUGACCUCCAAGGGCACAAGUUGCAGCGCCUGGCACAUCUGGUCCUGGGGUAUAUCACCAUGGCAUAUGUGUGGAAUAAAGGUGACGGAGAUGUCCGUAAGGUCCUGCCUAGCAAUAUUGCUAUUCCUUACUGCAAACUCUCUGAGAAGCUGGGACUUCCUCCUAUUCUGGUUUAUGCAGACUGUGUCUUGGCAAACUGGAAGAAAAAGGAUCCCAGAGGGCCCAUGACUUAUGAGAACAUGGACAUUCUGUUCUCAUUUCCUGGUGGGGACUGUGGCAAAGGAUUCUUCCUGAUUUCUUUAUUGGUGGAACUAGCAGCUGCUUCUGCAAUCAAAGAAAUUCCCAUUAUAUUCAAUGCUGUGCAACAUCAGGACCAGGAUACUUUGCAAAAGGCAUUGGUUGAUAUAACUUCUUGUCUGCACAAAGCCCUUGAAGUGUUUCACCAAAUUCAUGACUACGUGGACCCAAACGAAUUUUUCGGUAUUCUUCGCAUAUACUUGUCUGGCUGGAAAGGCAACCCCCAGCUGUCAGAAGGUCUGCUGUAUGAAGGCGUCUGGGACACCCCAAAGAAGUUCGCAGGGGGCAGUGCAGCCCAAAGCAGCAUCUUUCAGUGCUUCGAUGUUCUGCUCGGUGUCCAGCAGAGUGCUGGUGAAAAAUCUGCUGCUGAAUUCCUCCAGGAAAUGAGAACUUAUAUGCCACCAGCUCACCAAAACUUUCUUCACUCAUUAGAGUCAGCGCCCUCAGUCCGUGAGUUUGUCCUUUCAAAAGAUAAUGCUGGCCUGCAGGCAGUUUAUAAUGACUGUGUGAAAGCCAUGGUCUCCCUGAGAAGCUACCAUUUGCAAAUAGUAACUAAGUACAUUGUGAUUCCUGCACGCCAGCAGUCCAAGAAAAACCAAACAGCGGAAGAGCCAUCAGAAAAGGAAAAUAAAGGAACUGGAGGCACUGAAGUCAUGUAUUUCCUAAAGUCUGUAAGAAGUACAACCGAGCACGCCCUAUUGAAGGAAAAGUAAUGAAACCUAAGCAUGGGUACAUUUUUCAAGACAGAGAUGUCUGUGUAUAUUAACGUCACUGCUAAUUCUAUCAGACCCCUGAGUUAUUAAUAUGCAACAGCUUCUCAAGAGUACAUUAUGAAAGAUUUCAAAAUAAUUUUUUCUGAUAUCUGUGCAUUCCUUGUAUAAAACAAUAAAAAGCAAUUAUAUUAGAAGAU